AUGUCCGACCCGGUUCCCCCAGAACCUGUCGCUUUGCCUACCUUGGGUGAUGCACCCCCGAGCAGCGCCGGUCGCUCGUCCGCCCACGUCCACGAAGCGCCCGUUGAGCAGCCUGUCAUUUCCGACGAGCUCAAAGCGCGUCUUGACAAGGUGAUCUACUCAGAGAUUGGCAUCACCACUCUCCUUGCUCGGUUGAAGCAGAGUGUAGCCUCCGCCAAAGAAUUCUCUACAUUUUUGAAGAAACGCGGGGCAUUGGAGGAUGAACAUGCUCAGGGGCUUCGGAAGCUGUCCAAAGCUGUGAACGAUGCCGCGCUCCGCACCGAUAACCGCCAAGGAACCUACAGUUCCAGCUACAAGGACAUCCAACGACUCCACGAGCGCAUGGCGGAAUGUGGCUUACAAUUUGCCGUCUCUCUCCACCAGAUGUCCGAUGAUUUGCAAGAGCUAUCCACCAAUAUUGAACGCGGGCGCAAGCAGUGGAAGCAGACAGGAUUGGCUGCGGAGAAGCGAGUCGUGGAUGCGGAAUCCCAAGCCGAGAAGGCAAAGGUCAAGUACGACUCAUUCGCGGAACAGUAUGACCGUGUCCGCACGGGUGACAAGCAUGGCGGCAAGUUUGGUUUAAAGGGUCACAAGUCCGCUGCUCAGCAUGAGGAGGAUCUGUUGCGAAAGGUUCAACAUGCGGAUGCGGAUUAUGCCGCCAAGGUUCAGGCAGCACAGGCGGCUCGCCAGGAAUUGGUCGCUACCCACCGGCCUCAGGCCGUGCAUAAUCUCCAGCAGCUGAUUGCAGAGUGUGACUCGGGCUUGACUCUGCAACAGCAGAAGUUUGCUACUUUCAACGAGAAGCUCUUGCUGGGCCAGGGACUCUGCGUGAGCCCUAUCAAGACCGAAAUGAACGGGUCAAUUGCGCCUAAGAGCCUUGCGGAAGUCAUUCGCCAGGUGGACAAUCAGAAAGACUUGCACGACUUUAUUUUGACCCAUGAGGGAAACCCUGGUGCCGUUUCUGGUCCAGAGGUCCAAUACCAGCGCCACCCUACUCUUGGUGGCGGACCAGCUGCAUCCUCACAACCGAGCCUUCAAGCCAAGCGACAGUCCUCUAUUCCAACAGCAUUCUCCCAACAAAACGUCUCUUCCCCGAGUCCUCAACUCGGUGGGAGUACCGAGCGAUUCCAGCAGCCACCCUACCCAACACAAGGGGAAUCUCCUGCGCCUCCGCCGGCUCCGCCUCUUUAUCCUUCGGGGCCACCAUCUCACGAACCUCCCCCGAUGGCCACUGUGCCAAUGAGCACUGCGCCAAUGGGCACUGCGCCAAUGAUGCAUCCACCGCCAAUGGAUAAAACUAAUCUGCCGCCUCUGAAGCCUGUAUUCGGAUUAUCUUUGGAUGACCUCUAUGCCCGGGAUGGGACUGCAGUGCCGUUCCUUGUGUAUCAAUGUUUUCAGGCCAUUGAACUCUUUGGUCUGGAUCUGGAGGGCAUCUAUCGACUAUCGGGCAGUGCCAAUCAUAUUAACCACAUGAAAGCGUUAUUCGACAAUGAUGUUAUGACUUGUGCUGAUGAUUCUCAAGACUCGUCACAGAUCGACCUUACAAAUCCGGAGAACUUCUUUCACGAUGUUAACAGUGUCGCUGGACUUGUGAAACAGUUUUUCCGAGAUCUUCCUGAUCCUUUGUUCACAGCUCAAUACUACACCCAGUUCAUCGAGGCUGCCCGCGUCGAUGACGAUACACAACGCCGGGAUCAAUUGCAUGCUCUUAUCAAUAGCUUGCCCGAUGCUCACUACGCCACCCUGCGGGCUAUUAUAUUGCACCUCAAUAAGGUCCAGGAACACUCUUCACAGAACCGCAUGAACGCUGGCAACAUUGCCAUCUGCUUUGGACCAACAUUAAUGGGCGCCAACUCCGGUGGCAACAUUGCCGACGCUGGCUGGCAAGUCCGCGUCAUCGAGACAAUCCUCAACAACACUUUCCAGAUCUUCGACGACGAUUAG